GAGAGCUUCACUGAGGGCAAAAUCGACACCCGGAAGAAGCAGCGAAGUCAUUGGCUCACGAGUAAUGGCGGGGUUUUGCGAAGACUGGACGUGUCUGAUUUGAAGCGCUUUCAUUCGCGAGACUCUGGCCGCGAUCGAGUGAAGACAACAAGGACACUGAGUCGUACGCGUGAAAAUGAAGUGAAGAAGGUGGUUAACUGUGUCACUUUCAAGCUCGUCCGUGAAGUGUGCGUGUGUAACAGCGCGAGCUAAGUGCGACGCGUCCGCGGAGCCGAAUCAAGAUGAGCUCCUCGCGCGAGAUAAAGCAGCUGCAGAAGGCGAAGAGCAAAGCGCAGAGCAGCAGCAACUUGAGAGAGGAGGCGAACAUCUGCAAUCAGCUCGGAGAGCUGCUGUCCAGAAGUGGUGAUUAUGAGGCUGCCAUCAGAGAACAUCAGCAGGAGUUGGCGAUGUCCGAGGUGCUGAACGACGUGAUCGGACGGGCUGUGGCCCACCGUAAGAUAGGCGAGUGCUGCGCGGAGAUGGGAAAUAUCGAGGCUGCGUUGAAACACCAGAAGUGCCACCUGGACUUGGCUCGUUCUGUUCGAGAUUACGCGGAGGAGCAAAGGGCGCUGGCCACGAUCGGUCGAACCUACCUCUUCCGUUAUGAAUCGGACCAGUCGAGGAGCAGUUUAGAGAAAGCUGAGGAUGCUUUCAGGAAGAGCCUGUCUGUUGUAGAUGAUCGUCUAGAAGGGUCAGUGCCGCAGCGAGAAAUUAACGAGAUGAAGGCUCGCCUGUUCCUCAAUCUUGGCCUGGUCUGCGAUCACCUGGGGGAGCCCAAACGCUGCAGCGAGUUCAUCCGGAGAAGUGUCUUUAUCGCUGAGAAGAGCCAGUUGCUGGAGGAUCUCUACCGUGCAAACUUCAACCUGGGCAACAUCUACUUCCGUAAUGGUCAGCGCUCGAACUCUGUGCGCUGCCUGGAACAAGCCAAAGAGUGUGCCCGCAAGAUUAAGGACAAAUUCGGCGAGAGUGAGUGCUUUCACUGCAUCGGCAAGGUGCAGCUGUCGCUGGGCGAUUUUGUAGCAGCCAGACGAUCUCUGAAGAAAGCAGUCUUGCUCGGUUCCCAGCAGCCGCUUGACCGGCAGGCGGUGAAGAAGGUUUUCAAAUAUGCGGACAAGGGCUGUAAAUUGGAGGAAGAGCUGGGGGAAGAUCAGGGCAAAAAACUCAGCUCCCAUCAGACUGUGGAGCUGUCGGAGCAGCUCGGCGACCUCUGCUGCAAGGUCGGCUGCUACAGCAAAGCUCUGGACGCCUAUCAAGCACAACUGAAGGGCGCCGAGGCUCUGGGGAAGCCUGCGCGGGAGCUGGCGGUGAUCCACGUGUCUCUGGCGGCGACCUACACUGACCUGAGACAACACGGCAAAGCAGUGGAUCACUACAGACAAGAGCUGGCCUUAAGGCAGGGCAACUCCUCUGAGGAGUGCAGCACAUGGACAAACAUCGCGGUAGCUCAGGAGGAAAGCGGCAGUGCCUGUGAGGACAUCAGCGACAGCUACAGUACGGCUUUCCGCUGCGCUCAGAAGUCUGGACAGGCCCGGCUCCAGAAACGCGUGUUGAGGCUGUGGCUGGCGUCCCAGAGGCGACGCGGAGCGUCCGGUGCGGAGGACACCGAGGCGAGGCUACGGGAACUCUGCGCCGCGGAGGGCUGGAGUCCAGAUGGGAGUGACGGCGAGGAAGACGAAGAAGAGGAGGAGAUGGACAACAGCGAAGCUCUGGAUGACAGCGACGUCGUCCUCUCCGAUUCAGAUGAUGAUUUGGAGGGUUAUGACAAAAUGGUGUCAGGGCGGAGAAAGGCUGGACGGUGGAACAAGAGGAACGAGAAGGGCGAGACAUCGCUGCACAGAGCGUGCAUCGACGGGAACCUGAAGCAAGUCCAGUACCUGGUGGAACAGGGUCACCCAGUGAACCCCAGGGACUACUGUGGCUGGACUCCUCUGCACGAGGCCUGCAACCACGGUCACCAUGACGUUGUAGCCGUGCUGCUGGAGCGCGGCGCCAACAUCAACGACCCCGGCGGUCCCUUAUGUGACGGCGUGACUCCUCUUCACGAUGCCCUCGCCUGUGGCAAUUUUCACGUUGCACGGCUCCUGGUGGAACGAGGGGCGUCGGUCACGCUGCGCAACUCCAAGGGCGAGACGGCGAUGGACACGCUGCGUCAGUGGCAGAGGACGUACAACAGAGAGCUGGACCACGAGGCCAAAAAGGAGUGUGUCACUACUGAGAGACUACUGAGGAAAGCACUGGCAGGCGGAGUGCCCGCCGCUCCAGCUCCAGCCAAGCCUUUCGAUGCCCUGCAGGACAGCCAGCUGUUUGAUGCGGAGAACUCGCAGCCGCUGGUGUCCUCCGGUGGAGGCCUCUCCUCCAGUCAAGAGUGGCCUCAGCUGAGCAGAACCUCCGAAGCAAAGGCGCUGCCGGCCAGCCCGAAACGGCGGCAGAGCAACGGUUUCACGCGGCGUCAUCGAACCAGGGGAACAGAGUCUGCUGUUCUGUAUGGGAAUAACAACAGCUGCUCAGAGGACAGUGACUCCGACGGCCCUGUCAGUCCUCUGCGUCCAGUCCGGCCCAGACACAGUUUCUCAUCAGCCCCGACUCAGAAGGACGUUCCACCAAGCAGAGAGGCGAGCGCCGUCCCCGCCUCGGCCAGUGUCAGGGAAGACCCCGCGCCGUCCGUCUUUGCGCGAGAGGAGUACCACAGCGCCAUCCGAGGCUUGGGCAGCUCCAAGACGCUCCUCCAGGGUCUGUCGCAGCCCCAGUUCUCCAGCACGCCCGCCGUGUCGUCCAGCAACAGAGCGGCUCUGGUUCCCGAGGAGGAGUUUGUGGCCGACGACUGGUUGGAGGACGACUUAGGGGAAGUCCAGCCCAAGAAGAAGAGGAGGCUUCGGGUUGAGCAGAAUGGGAUGGAAGCGGCCUGGAGUCAAAACAGAAGCUCAAACUCUGACGCAACCUCUAGAGCUCUCGCAGUUCCCUCCUCCUCCAGCAGGAGUCACUCUCUGAAAAAGAACGGCGCUCUGAAGCCGCACCAGGUCAAAAUGACUCAGAUGCCCGGGAUGGUGAGGUUGGGCAGGCGAGAGGUCAACAGGUCACACAGUCCCAACGUCACAGAUGAUGAUGAUGACAUGAGACCGGCGACGCCUCCUCAUCCUCAUCCUCAUCCUCAUCCUCGCAUACACGUGCAGGCUCCUUCUCAAACCUUGGCCGCCCCCGUGUCAACGCCGCUGCCUCCACCCAUCAGAAUGCGGGUCAGAGUUCAGGAGGACGUUUUCCUAAUUCCAGUUCCGCAAAGCGCGGCAGACUCUCUCACCGUGUCGUGGCUGUGCGAGCAGGCGGCUCAGCGCUACUAUCAGAAGCGCGGCCUCCUGCCUCGCCUCUCGCUGCAGAAGGAAGGCGCUCUCCUCUGCCCGCAGGACCUGCUCCUGGCCGUCCUGCACACCAACGAGGAGGUGUUGGCCGAGGUGUGCUCCUGGGAUCUUCCUCCGCUUCCCGAGCGAUACAAGAAGGCCUGCGACAGCCUGGCAGUGGAUGAGAACAAGCGCGUGAGCCGGCUGUGCGAGGUGCAGGACGGCAGCUCCUCGGUGUCGGUGUGCGGCCUCAGUUUGCCGCCGUCCUCCCUCAACCCGCUGCUGCGCGCCCUGAAGCUUCAGGCCAGCCUCACCGAGCUGAGGCUGUCCGGCAACCGCCUCGGCGACGACCUCCUCCCCGAGCUGGUCGCCACGGUCGUCACGAUGCCGCGGCUGCGCCUGCUGGACAUUUCGGCCAAUCGCGUAACGGGGGAGGGGCUGGGGAAGGCGGUGGAUUCCUUGAAGGGACAGAGCCACGCUGCGUUUCCGAGCCUGGAGGAGCUGGACCUCAGCAUGAACCCGCUGGGCGACGGCGUGUCCGAGUCUCUGUCCUGCCUGCUGUCCCGCUGUCCCCUGUUGGCCAAGCUGUCUCUGCAGGCCUGUGGUCUCACCACGCGUUUCCUGCAGCAGCAUCGACUGCUGCUGGCUGGCGCUUUGACGGGCACAGGCCACCUCAAAUCCGUGUGUUUGGCCCACAAUGCACUGGGCUCCACGGGCUUUGAGCUGGUGUUGAAGACUCUCCCUCUCCACUGCCUCACACACUUGGACCUGUCUGCCGUCCACAGAGGUUCUGCUGACUGCCCCGCACUGGACCACCUCACCAAAGCCCUGUCGCAGGACGACUGUUCGCUGACCCACCUGAGUCUGGCGGCAAACGGACUAACGGACAGCAGUGUAGCCACCUUGGCCAGGUGCCUCCCUGCGUGUCCCUCUCUGCUGAGUUUAAACUUGUCAGGAAACCCAUCGGUCACGUCAGCUGGACUUCACAGCGUCCUGCACUCUCUCAGGGCGGCUUCUCGGCCUCUGACGCUGCUGAACCUUCAAGGUUGCCAGGUGUGGGGCCCGUGGGACAGCGCAGGUCUGGACGGUUUGUCAGAGCUGGUCAAAGACCUCCGUCUUUGCUCGCAGGGACUGAACAAACUGGACAGACAGGCUUUAAAGCAGAGCUGGGGCGACGGCGACGGCGGUCGGUCGCGCGGACACGUCGUUGACCGGAGGGCCAAGUGCCUGCUCUCUGUCGCGGCCUCCUCCUCCUCGUGAAGAUGGAGGGAGAGGAAAGGAACGAUCUGCUGCGGCGGCUUUUACCAAAGUCACAAAGACACUGCUUCUUCCUUUAAAUGUUCACUUAAAGGUGACUUAAAGGCUGCUCCCUUAAAUGUCAGUGACACACGUCAUGUGCAUGUAUAGACGCUGAUGGUAAAUGUGAAUCCAUCGAAUGUUUUGUGUCUUUUGUACAUUAUUUAUCGUCUUUGUGCUCGACCCGUUGGAUUAUUGUGUAUGAUUUGAUUAAAAAAAGUAUUAAAGUGC